GUCGUAUUAAUAUAACUGUGCAGGCUGGCGAAACUCACACUCUUCUACAGCUCUCCUACCUAUACACUGCUAUCACCACGGAAACGUCGAUUUCAACACAAAAAUGUCUUCCAUCAAGCUUGUUCUGCAAGACCCGGUGAUUGUCAGGGAUUUCCUACGGACCAGGACGCCAUACGAGACAGCAAAGACGGCACUUUUCUUUUAUUUCGUCAUAACUCAAUCUCUCAAGUUCUGCAGGCAUGUUCAAGCUCGAGGCAUAACUGAUUCUCUUAGAGACUCCUGGACAUGGACCUACAAACAAGUAUUACUGCUAGCAUUGAGAGUACCCUCAGUGCAGAAGGACGUUCAGCAGCAAUUGAACAAGGCAAGACUGGAUAUUGAGGGAAAGCUCGUACCCCAAGGAGUCAAUGUUUCGCGGCAUCUCGUUCUCCCAGACGAAGGGAAAUCCAUGGAGUGGAUAAUAGCAGAGAUGGAGAAAAUGGAUGGCGAAUUGGGUACACAUGCUGAUUGGAAACACGGGAAAUUAUCAGGAGCAGUCUACCAUGGGGGGGAUGAUCUGUCAAGAGUUAUUGUCGCUGCUUUCGAGCGUUAUACAGUUUCUAACCCCUUACAUCCGGACGUCUUUCCUGCUAUCCGCAAGAUGGAAGCUGAGAUCGUCUCAAUGUGCCUACGGAUGUACAACAACCCGGAUGGAGCUGGUACCAUGACCUCAGGCGGUACCGAGUCUAUUGUCAUGGCUAUCAAAACUUACAGAGACUGGGCACGAGAAGUUAAGGGUAUUACGGAGCCUGAGAUGAUUGUUCCAGCAACCGCACACGCCGCAUUUGACAAAGGCGCAGCGUACAUGAAAGUAAAAGUGCACCUGAUUCCAGUAGAUCCAGUAACUCGAAAGGUAAACAUUAAACGCGUUCGUAGAGCCAUCAACCGGAACACAAUCCUUCUUGUAGGAUCAGCUGUAAAUUUCCCGGAUGGAAACCAAGACGACAUAGUUGUUUUAGGCGAAUUAGCUGCAAAGCAUAAUAUUGGUCUGCAUGUUGACUGUUGCCUUGGAUCCUUCAUUGUGCCGUUCCUCGAAACAGCAGGUCUUUCUGACGGAGAAGACGGAGGCGCAAAGUAUAAACUCAGUCCAUUCGACUUCAGAGUCCGUGGAGUUACUAGUAUCAGUUGUGACACUCAUAAGUAUGGGUUUGCACCCAAGGGGUCUUCUGUAAUCAUGUACCGCGACGCUGCAUUACGACGUCAUCAAUACUACAUCACACCUUACUGGACAGGUGGAGUCUAUGCCAGCCCGAGUUUGUCAGGUUCCCGACCUGGUGCGCUGAUCGCGGGAACCUGGGCAGCGAUGCAAUAUAUGGGAUCAGAUGGUUAUCUCAAGUCCUGCCGCGAAAUUGUUUCAUGCGCGCGUACGAUUGCCAAUACCAUUACAAAUUCCAUCCCAGAACUAUAUGUGCUUGGCUCCCCGCCCGCUUCUGUCGUCGCAUUCGGGUCCAAGUCGCCUGAGGUGAACGUCCACGAGGUUGGGGAUGCGAUGUCCAAGAAAGGCUGGCAUCUCAAUGCGCUGACCGGACCAGCUGCGGUACAUAUCGCAUGCACACGCCUUACGCUCCCGCUCGUUGAUACCUUCAUCGCAGAUCUCAAGGACUCUGUGCAGCAAGCUAAGUUGGCACCGUCUGGCAAGGGGACAAUGGUUGCGCUCUACGGACUUGGACAAUCUAGCCCCGUCGGCCCGGACAUGGUCAGCGAGGUCGCUACGAUGUUCUUGGAUACAUUGUACAAGGCUUGAGGCAGUGCUCUGAUUUUGCUGUGGAAACACGGAGCAGUCUUGUACAUGUGGUUUGCAUCUUUAGCAUAUCAGAAUGAUGUAUUGUAAUUGAUUGUAGGCACCCUAGAACAAUUUAUCUAAUGGCGGGUCACGCAUAGUGCGAUGGCACCGCUAUUUCGUAUAGAAA